AUGUCGAAGUUUUUGCGCCUGGCUGGGCUCCCUCGAGCGACGACAUGUCGACCGAUCAUUGCUAUUGCCUCUGCUACUGGACGCAGGUCGCUUGGUUCCGUGAGCGCAAUUGACUCGAGUAUCUUCCGCACGCUAUUCGGUACUGAGGAAAUUCGCAAGGUCUUCGAUGAUGCAGCAUACAUCCGUCGUUGCAUAGAUGCCGAGGCCGCUCUUGCUCGUGCCCAAUCUACCUGUGGUGUCAUCCCCAAAGACAUAGGGCCUCGAAUCACCCAAAAAGUGGAAGAGUCCAAUUUGGACUUCGAGCGGCUACGACACGAAACCGAGAUCGUCGGCUACCCCAUCCUGCCUCUGGUCCGCCAGCUGUCGGCUAUCUGUGGCGACGAGGCUGGCAAGUACGUGCACUGGGGAGCAACAACACAGGAUAUUAUGGACAUAGCGAGCGUUCUGCAAAUGAAGGAGGGAUUGGAAAUUAUCGAGCGACUUCUGAAAGAUGUGAUCAAGACUCUGCGGGGGCUCUCAGAGAAAUACAAAGAUACCCCCAUGGCUGGGCGCACUCAUUUGCAACAUGCUCUGCCUGUGACCUUUGGCUACAAAUGCGCUGUCUGGCUAUCGGGUUUUCAGCGCCACCUCGAAAGAUUGGAGGAGCUCCGAAAGAGAGUUCUGUUGGUGCAAUUUGGAGGUGCUGCAGGUACACUUUCGUCUUUGGGAUCCGGUGAUGAUGGAGUUCGCGUGCGGAAGGCUCUAGCAACAGAGCUCGGCCUUAACGAUCCCUCCAUUACAUGGCAUGUUGCUCGGGACGGUGUUGCUGAGGCUGCCAACCUUCUGGCUCUCAUCGGAGGCACUAUGGGCAAGCUGGCCCUAGAUAUCAUCAUCAUGUCUUCAAAUGAGUUCAGCGAAGUUGCAGAGCCCUUUGUGCCUCAUCGCGGGGCAUCAUCUACCAUGCCGCAAAAACGGAAUCCCAUCUCUAGUGAGGUGAUCCUAGCUGCAUCCAAGAUCCUUCGGUCCAACGCAGGUCUGGUGCUCGAUGGAAUGGUCGCUGACUUUGAGCGCGCCUCUGGUCCCUGGCACUUGGAAUGGGUUGCUGUUCCAGAGAGCUUUGUGAUCGCUGUUGGAGCUCUUUCUCAGACCCAGUUUGCGUUGUCUGGGCUUUCAGUCAACACGAAGCAGAUGCUGGACAAUCUUCACUCCACCAAGGGACUGAUCGUGGGAGAGGCUGUGAUGAUGGGCUUAGCUCCUCAUGUGGGCCGCCAGCGAGCCCAUGAUAUCGUUUAUGAAGCAUGCCGCGAGAGUAUUGAGAAUGAUCGAACGCUUCUCGAGUGUCUUCUGGAGAAGGAGGAGGUUACAGGCAAAAUGAGCCAACCGCGUCUGGCAGAAUUGUGCAAUCCUGUUAAUUACCUGGGUUCAUCGGCGAGGAUGGUCGAUGAUGUUUUAGCUGUCAACUAG